UUUAAAGCGAUUAAAACUCGCUGAAAUUAUGAUAUAGUAGUUGCGUUUCCUAGCUUGUCAAAAUUCGGACCUUCGAUACACAGCCUGUAUCAUCGAGGACAUAACGGUGUUCAUAAAACGGACAAACAAGAAUAUCGAUAGAAAAAUUAAUCAAUGCAAUUAAUUCAGCCAACAUCAAUAGCAACGUACUUAUGUAUCUUCAGGAAUGUAAACAUCAUCUUUAUGUUCUUCUAAUCUGGAUUCAUGCUUUGCUGAUUUCAACCAUCGUUGUUCAAACAAAGCAAAUUAGGAAUUAGGAGAAGGAACACUGAUUACAGUUGUAUAGUGCCUGUUGGAUUCAAUAUAUAAGGUGUGAAGAUUUCGAAGUGUUGCAUUCCAUACCUUGAGCUCCGAACCAAGACGUCUCCAAGCGAGAAUCGCAGUGAAUCCUUGAAUUUGAAAGAACCGAUAUUCUGUUCGAAAGCUGAUAUGCUUUAUAAAAAAUUCAUCACAGCCGUCUGCAUGGUUUUAUUACUGAUACUGACAGCAAAUUGUUUACCGAGAGUUGGAAGCAGUUCAAAUGCCGAGAACAAUAGUUUCCUUCUCGAUAGGCUAGAUAAUCUCAGGGACGAAGUUUUAAAAACUGAUUGGACUCCAGAGGAAUUAAAAUUUCUAGGGUACAGCGAUCUUUUGGAGAAAGCACGAGAAAGGUACUAUGCAGCAAAUUGGCCGUAUUUCAUUCUACCCCGGCAAAACAAAAUGAAGAAAAAUUCUGAAAUGAGUCGAGGAAUGUACAAUGCUCUGAAUAACAUUGAUUUGUACAAUGCUGGAAGAUGAAUGCAUCUUUAGAGCCUUUAUUAAAUGGACAGAAAGUUGUACUCAAAUAACACCUAGGUUAUAAAUCAAAUUGUUUUUUAAUUUUCUUUCAAAUAAUAAUAUUUUCAAAAUG